AUGUGUUCCGUGGACGAUCACCAAAAGGAGGCGGACCUUGGGUCACAAGUGGAGCCGCCGCGGUCAGCGAGUGCACACCUCGCGCUUGUCUCCCUCCGGCUCUGCAGCCAGUCAGCUGAUCUACAAGGCCUCUUCACGAUCCGCACGUAAGGACGCUCCAACCGGCACGUCUUGUACUCGAUAUUGAUAGGGUUUUGUCUUGGAGGCACCUUUUUGAGAAAGAUAAUUUUUUUUGUUUUGAUAUGGAGAAGCUUUCUUGUUGGUCCGUCAACCAAUAAAUCAUCAUUUGGUUGGUUUUUCAAGUCGUUUUUUUUUCUACUAGGGGUAAACAAGAUCUUUUUGAGCCAUAAUGAAGAUCCGCCUUUGGCCGAAGUCCAGACGUACACUGAUGCAGUUAAAAGAAAGCAUGGUCUCACGGUCCUUGUUCUACUGAGCGGAGUUCAUCUAGUUGCGCCUUGA